AUGCUCUUCUAACAGCAAAGAAACAUGGCGGAAGAAGGCUCGGCGGUGGAUGCAGAGGAUAAGUUGGAGACAGAACCGGACCCUUGUCGGUCCAAAUGUUGUCCUGAAACUUUUGUCGAAAAAGAAACUGAAAAUACGAAUGAAAAGUCCAAGGAGGAUUUUAGCGUCGAGGAGAAAGAAAAAGACACGACAGAAGAAGAGCACGCUUCGUCCAGUAGGGAAACUGCGAGUUUUCGUGUUGUUUGGAACAAGAAAAACUAUGAGGUCACUUUUCCUGUGGAUGAAACAGUUGAUAGUCUCAAACAACACAUAGAGAAGCUCACAGGUUUACCAGUUUCAAUGCAAAAGCUGAUGUACAAAGGGCUAGUUAAGGAUGGAGGCAAAACAUUACGAGAACUUAAUGUUUCUAAUGGAGUGAAGAUGAUGGUUGUUGGCUCAACCAUUAAUGAUGUCAUGAAAGUGACACCCCCUCCUCCAGGAGCAUUAAAAGAUGACAAAUCAGGCACCUCAGGUUCUUCAAAGGAACCACUUAGUAAACAAAAGAUGCAUAAAAAAGUUUUAGACAAAGGAAAACCAGAUGAUGUCAUGCCUGGAUUUAAAAAUAAAAAAGAAAAGUUACCCAAUGUUCCAAUUGCUGGGAUGUAUAACAAAUAUGGAGGAAAAGUUAGAUUAACGUUCAAGCUUGAAUUGGAUCAAGUUUGGAUCGGAACAAAGGAACGAACAGAAAAGGUACCGAUGGGAUCAAUAAAAAAUGUAGUAUCAGAACCAAUCGAGGGUCAUGACGAAUAUCACAUGUUGGCCAUUCAGCUUGGACCAACGGAGGCAUCUCGAUACUGGAUCUACUGGGUUCCUGCACAAUACGUGGACGCCAUUAAAGACACUAUUCUCGGCAAAUGGCAGCCAUUCUAGACAGUUAUAAACACAGUAUCGCUACUGUGGUGUCAGCUUAAAUACUGCAUCAUUCAAGGGUUCAUUGUUCAACAGACUGGAGAGACGUUCAAAGCUGGCCCAAACAUGAUGUCGUUGGAUUGAGUUGAAAUACUUUUUUUGCAGCUCAAGAUGGUAUUAAACAUUUCUGCGUACUUUUGCUGCUCUAA